AACGGGAGGCGGAGCAGAGCCGACUGAGAGCGACCGAGCGGGCCGCCGCCGCCGCCAUGAACCCCGAAUAUGACUACCUGUUUAAGCUGCUUUUGAUCGGUGACUCGGGCGUGGGCAAGUCAUGCCUGCUCCUGCGGUUUGCUGAUGACACGUACACAGAGAGCUACAUCAGCACCAUUGGCGUGGACUUCAAGAUCCGAACUAUCGAGUUGGACGGCAAAACCAUCAAACUUCAAAUCUGGGACACAGCUGGUCAGGAGCGGUUCCGGACGAUCACUUCCAGCUACUAUCGGGGAGCCCAUGGCAUCAUCGUGGUCUAUGAUGUCACUGACCAGGAAUCCUACGCCAACGUGAAGCAGUGGCUGCAGGAGAUUGACCGCUACGCCAGCGAGAACGUCAACAAGCUCUUGGUGGGUAACAAGAGCGACCUGACCACCAAGAAAGUGGUGGACAACACCACGGCCAAGGAGUUUGCAGACUCCCUGGGCAUCCCCUUCCUGGAGACGAGCGCCAAGAAUGCUACCAAUGUCGAGCAGGCGUUCAUGACCAUGGCCGCUGAGAUCAAAAAGCGGAUGGGGCCUGGGGCAGCCUCGGGCGGGGAGCGGCCCAACCUCACGAUCGACAGCACCCCUGUGAAGCCGGCCGGCGGCGGCUGUUGCUAGGAGGGGCGCGUCGGGUGGGGCAGGAGGGGCGCCUCCGGUGAUGCCCUUGAGGGGGCAGGAGAUGCCUCCCCCUUCCUCUCCCUCUCUGGGGCAUUUGAGUCUAUGGCUUUGGGGUGUCCUGGGCUCCCCAUCUCCCUCUGGCCCAUCUGCCUGCGGCCCUGAGCCCUGGUUCUGUCAGGGCCCCCAAAGGAGGACCUCCAGGGCCUGUCAUGGGGUGGGGCCUCGCUGUGCUGCUGCCUCUAUAGGUAACUUUAAAGACCCCCACACGUACCUUUCCCUGGGAUGAGGGCCCCUCCAUCAGUCU